AUGAAUCAUCCUUGUGUUCAAAUAAUAUUGAUGGAUUUUUCUUCUCACCAUGAUGAUUCCGUCCGAUUUGAAAACCCAAAUUCUUCUCACUUUACGAUUUGCAGUUUGGAGAAUUUGCUUAAAAUUAAAUUUCAACGACAACAAUCGGGAAAGAAGAAAUGGUUAAAGAACAUUGAAUUAGAACAUAGAUCCUUCAUUCCAAUCGAGUUCAUGAACGACAAAGUAUUUAUCUUGGAUCAUUUGAAAAAGUGUCGGGAUCAAAAUUUUCUUUAUUUACCCAGAGUAUCAUUGGAAUUACAAAAAGACAAAGAGGUUCUAUGGGAAGCAAUUCAGCGGUGUGGCUUAGAAUUGCAUUAUGCUCCUUCCGAAUUACGAAAUGAGAAAUUAUUCGUGCUCACGGCUAUUAAGCAAGCUUACGAAACCAUCAUGUUGGCCUCUCAAGAAUUACAGAACGAUCGAGAGUUUGUGUUGGAAGCAGUUCAACAUAAUGGAAAAUCACUCCGUUAUGUGAAGGACCAAUUUAAGGGUGAUCGUGAAAUUGUACUUGCUGCUGUGAAACAUGACGCCUUUAUUUAA